CUUUAAACUUCCGGACAUCAACUUACCCUGUUUUUUCUAACGUGCGUAUCUACGAGGCAUUUUUAUAUAUAUCAUCUAGGUACUACACAGGCUACUCUUUUUAUUCCUUUAAAAUUAAUCAUACAGACAGGGAACUUGACCUGCCGUACUGGCAGCAUGCGAUGGGGCUCGAUGAUCAAGCGCAAAGCAUGCUUCAUAGUAGUAAUCCUCCCCUGCGCAGCAGUAUACUACUGUCUAAAAUUCACCUUUCGCGCCGUCGAAGAAACCCUCGAUGUCGUAUACACCGCUCGGCAACAGCACCGCGUCAAGACGCGCAAGCGUCCCAAAUCAAAGCCUCUAGCCGUAGUUCCAUCCGUAUCUAAAUCUAAAUCUAAGGGAACACCCGCUUCUCCCCCCACCAAAACUUCCUUCCUGCACUUGCCCCCCGAGAUCCGCCUCAUGAUAUACCGCCUGGUCCUCGGCGGCCCGGCCAUCAUGCAGGUCCGCCCCACGUACUCGGUGCGCGGCCCCCGCCCCGACGCAUGGGCGUCUAGACAGGGGAUCCGCGACGACGCAGACGAGCCGAGCAAGGCGCUCCGUCUAACCAUCGGUCUCGGCGGUUCGCCUCUGCGCCAACUAGUCUCGCCGCCGCGCGCCGGGUGCGUCGUCUACGGAUGCGUAUCACAGCUGAUCUGCGGGGAAACGCACUACCUCGGCCUGACCCGGUACCGCCGCGACGAGAUGGUCUACUACACGGACCUGAUGCGCACUAGCCGCGUCGUGUACGUCGAGGCGUUGGAUCUGCUGUACGCGGAACACACGAUAUCGCUGUUCGGGGUGGAGAUGGCGCGGUAUUUCUGCCGCAACGCUAGUCCGGAGGGCAUGAAGCGCGUACGUUUUGCGCAUGUGGCGCUUAUCAUUCCGUCUUCGAGCUGGAGUUCUCCGUUGCAUAAGAGGAGUGUUAAGGAUAGUAUGAAACUACUGCGGGACUCGCUGCCGCAUUUACAACAGUUGGAUGUUGAGGUGGCGGUGGUAUGGGGGCAGCCGAAAAACGCGGGACGGUUCUGGAGCUGGUUGACGGGCGAUGGCGUGCUGGGGCAGUUUGGCGGGCUGGAGAAGUUCGUACUGAAGGCGUCGGCGUAUGUGCCGUUUACGAGGCGGCCCUAUGGGAACUGGGCGGCGUGGACGCCGCAGUAUGAAUUACUAGAGUCGUGGGAUGAUGGGGAGUAUCAGGCGUUAAAGGCGAGGGUAACGAGUUUGGAUGAGGCGGUGGUAUCCUCUUGAAUUAUUGUCUGGAUCUGGUGUUCUUGGUAUGCAUUACCCCUUGCGAAUUAACAAUGAUACCCUUGAAGGCGCUGUAUGCUGGAUCAUCACAUUAGGGGUUUACGCUAUCCAUUUGAUGAAUUAUGUUUUCAUUAUUUACGUAGUUGAUGAUUCAUAUAU